AGCAUAAAAACCUCUCAGGGUCUGGACUCGACACGACAUUCGUCGGAUACUCAAUCAACAGGCAAGAUGACCAGUCUCACCGCUAAGGACAAGGACAGAGUCAGAACCUUCUGGGCUCAGGUGUCUGGGAAGUCGGAGGAGAUCGGCAGCGAGGCUCUGGCCAGGAUGCUGAUCGUGUACCCGCAGACCAAGACUUACUUCGCCCACUGGAAGGACGUGAGCCCCAACUCUGCCAAUGCCAAGAAGCACGGAAUAACUGUGAUGGGUGGAGUUGCAGAUGCCGUGAGCAAAAUCGACGACCUGAAAGGAGGUCUGCUGACCCUCAGUGAGCUGCAUGCCUUCACCCUGCGUGUGGACCCUGCUAACUUCAAGAUCCUGUCUCACUGCAUCAUGGUGGUCAUGGCCAACAUGUUCCCCGACACCUUCACCCCUCAGGUCCAUGUGGCCAUGGACAAGUUCCUGGCUGCCCUGGCUCUGGCUCUGGCCGAGAAAUACCGAUAAACUGCAGGAUGACAGCGCAGCAUGAGCUUUCACUGCAGAAUGAUCAAUAAAAUGCAUGAAUGCAAACG